GAACUCACGCUGUGCAAAUGUAAUCAACAUUCGUGAAUCUCACCGUCACCUAAAAACAGCCGCCUUUCAAGAAGCGAGCUGCCUGAAAAAAGAUGCACGAUGUACUCUAAACUGGGUCACUCUCCACCCAGAGGGCUGGGCGCGUGGCUGACUCUCUGUCUACCCCUGUGCCACAGGCUUCGAGCGUCUCCGACAGCCCGGGGAGAGAGAGAAAUGGGAAACAGCAUACGAUCCACCUCAGCGCCUCCAGAGAGGCCUGUGCCCUGCCCAGACGGACUGGACAGCGACUUCCUGGCUGUGCUGAGUGAUUACCCUUCUCCUGACAUCAGCCCCCCAAUAUUUCGCCGAGGGGAGAAACUGCGUGUGAUUUCUGAUGAAGGGGGCUGGUGGAAAGCCAUUUCCCUCAGCACUGGCCGAGAGAGUUACAUCCCUGGAAUAUGUGUGGCCAGAGUUUACCAUGGCUGGCUGUUUGAAGGGCUGGGCAGAGACAAGGCGGAGGAGCUGCUGCAGCUGCCAGAAACAAAGAUUGGCUCCUUCAUGAUCAGAGAGAGUGAGACGAAGAAAGGUUUCUACUCCCUCUCAGUGAGACACCGGCAGGUAAAGCAUUACCGGAUCUUCCGCCUGCCCAACAAUUGGUAUUACAUUUCCCCAAGGCUCACGUUCCAGUGCCUGGAGGACCUGGUGAAUCACUAUUCCGGUAAGAAACACUCCAUCAGGACCCAUCAAUGGCUGGAGGAAGACCCCGAGGGAGCAGAGAACCCACUUGGCGUGGACGAGUCCCUUUUCAGCUAUGGCCUCCGGGAAAGCAUCGCCUCCUACUUGUCCCUGACCGGUGAUGACAGCACCCCCUUGGACCGAAAGAAGAAAAGCGUGUCCUUCAUGUACAGCGGGAGCAAGAGAAAGAGUGCCCUCUUCUCGUCGCCGCCGUACUAUGAGGACUAGCCCGAGAGCAGACGCCAUGGCGCGCGUCCCAAAGGAGCAGAGGUUGGAACUGUGACCUGGGAUCUUGCAGGGGCAUGGUUCCCUGGUCCCUGGGGAGCCUCACAUCUUCCAGAAGCCAAGAGAAGCUCACAGGAGGCUCGAACUUGCAUCUUCUCUAUCGCGUGAUGACAAAGGGUCCCUGGUGUCUGAUCAGUUCUGGGACAUCACAAAGUGUUGGCUGGUCAUGUGAUCAGGCAACGCUUCCGAAGAGCCCUGCUUGUACGUUCUGUGCGAGCUCGUCGGGUUUGUGGGCAAGAGGGACCCUCUCUCACUAAAAAGUGCACCAGGACCAUCCUCCAAACCGUCCAGAUGGCCUCACCCUGCGCUCACUGGAGAAAACUUGCGAAUGAGAAGAACCCAAGAAGAAGAUGAGCCAAAGGUGCGUCCUGGCAGAAGGUCUGGGUUUGCACAUCGGCCCCCUGCACGGAACUUUUUAAGUCAAUCCACAAAGAGACCCUUGGUAUGCAUCACCUCUCUUUCAGGGACCUCAGUGACACUAAACAUUAACCUCCCUAACUAGCCCUGAAUCAGGAGAUCCGCUUUGCCCUGCUGGUCCCAAAGCCACAUGUGCAGAAGUCAGGAGGCCUCCCUACUCCUGCAGGGGGCAGGGCAAACGUGCCAGGGCAGGCUGCUCGCAGGGAAGCACUGGGGUGGGCCUGGAGCUGGGCAAGCUUUCACGGGGUCCCCAGCCACAGCUUUGCAGCACAGAAAGAGCUUCUGCGGCAUGCUGAGGUUCUCACCUGUACGAAUGCAUCAACGAUUCAUUCCUGAUUGCCCAAAGGGGAACUGUGUUAAAGCCUGUAUAAGGUGUCCAGUAAAAAAAAAGAAAAGAGAAAAAAAAAAAGAAAAACGAUGAACAAGCCCCAGACCCCAGCAGAGGUCCUCACAAUACAGACAGGAAGAAAAAUAUGUCAACAAAUAUUGUGAAAGUGGGUGUAAAAGCAGAAAUCGGCUCGCGGCUUUGGGUGGGACUCGUGUUUCCGCUGGACCUUCCGAGUCGUGCCUGGACAGAGACGGUCAGAAUGGUUGGAUGUUUUUUGAAAACAGGAAGUUGUUUUUUCAAAAAAAAAAAACAGUUCUAAAGAAGGAGUUCAUCCAGUGCUCUAUUCUAACAAGGGUCUGGCAUCCAUGUAAAUAAAAGCACUGAGCUCCAGGGAAGAUGGGAGACGCAGAGUGGUGUAAUUGUGUCUUACUGUAAUUUUAAGAGAUGAGAGAGAAGCAAGGUGAAGACCUAGAGAAGGAGGACCGUUAUCGCCAGGCCACCCAUCCCACCCGGGUCCUGUUGGGAAGGGGCGGCACUGAAGCCGUGACUCCUUCUUCCGUGUUGCAAAGGGACUCGGGGGAUGACGCUGUGUGUGGUACACACAUCUCGCUGCCCGACAGAGUAGUCUGUCUGUUCACCAUACGCAUUCUGCAGAGCUGAGAUCACUGUGCUGGCGGGACGUGUCUAUGCAUUUACAGGACUUUCUUAUCACCAGAUUCCACGGUGUUUAUGCAAGCAGACAUCUGUGGUUUCCCCAGCAAUCCCCAAAGGCUGUUUCGAAGGGACCAGCCCGUGUAUGGGGCAUGAUUGUAACACUGUGGGCACUGACUUCUGCCAUAAGGCAGGAUGACCUCGCACACUCCAGAUGUUUGUACAGGGUCUUCUGUGCUGUUUUCCGUUGUGACUAACGUGGUUGGAAUGUGCGGGGAGGACUUGGAGGGAUUUCUAAGUGGGAAGCAUUACAUUUUGCUAAAUCAUGUAUUUAUUCCUGAUUAAAAUAAACUUAAUAAAUAUUUAACCCCUGGAA